AUGAAGUGCACAUACUUUGCCCUCACCCUCUCAGGUCUUGCUUCUCUAGUUGCAGCCCAAAUCCCAUCUUGCGCUACCAAAUGCAUCGCCGACGCCGUUGCUUCUAAGGCCUCUUGCAGUGCUACGGACUUGGUUUGCCAAUGUCAACCUGCAAACCAGCAGGCUAUCGCUACUGAUCCUACCACUGUCUCUUGCGUUAUCACCGCAUGUGGUGAUCAAGCACUUGGUAAGUUCACUGUAGGAUAUUGUGUUUGAUGAAUUUUACUGAGUGGUCUUUAGCUGUUCAAGCUGCCGCUGCCGAAGCUUGCAAGGCUGUUCUCGCCUCUCCGCCUGCUUCAUCUGCUCCUGCUACAUCUGCUCCUGCUACAUCUGCUCCUGCUCCUACAUCUGCGCCAGCUUCAUCUGCGCCAGCUUCAUCUGCGCCAGCAUCGCACUCUCAUGAAUCAAGUAAGUAUCUCAUUUCACUCAAAGCGAUGGGAGUUCCAAGUUUCCAAAGUGCAUCUCAUUCACCCAUAUUACCCCGCAACCAUACGCAAAUAACUACGUGAAUCUGACAUUCUAUCCCAGCAUCGACCCCUCCAGAUAGCUUCUGGUCAACUGUCAAUCAACCAAAGCUCUCCUCGUCAGGUGCCCUUCAUCCUUCAGGUACUCCAUAUGCAUCCCCUCCGCCUUCCGCUAGUGCAAGCUCCACCUCAAGCCCUGGUGGUAACAGCUCUGCUCCAACCUCCACGGGUGCCUCACCUCCACAAGUCACUAAUAGUAGUGGCAAGCAAUUGGCUAUCAGAGCUGGUAGUCUCUUGGCCGCGGGCAUUGCUGCUUUAGCUAUGUUGUAG